AUGAGUCGGCAGCUGAACCUCAAGCCUGGGGGUGACUGGGGCGGCUUCAGUGGGCACUCGGCGGUGGUGCUCAGGAGGGCUGCGGGCAGCGCCGCUUCCUACCACGCAGCUGGCAAAGGAGCCGCGGCCAGUUUCGGCAGCAGGAGCCUCUACAGUCUCGGGGGGCCUCGAUGUAUUUCUCUCAAUGUGGCUGGCGGUGGUCGCACGGGGGGUUACAGCGCUGUGCCCAGCUCCGGGUAUGGCGGGGGCCGAGUCAGCGGCUUUGCGGGCAGCAUGUUUGGCAGCGUGGCCCUGGGGCCUGCGUGCCCAUCCAUGUGCCCACCUGGGGGCAUCCACCAGGUCACCGUCAACAAGAGCCUCCUGGCCCCCCUCAACGUGGAGCUGGACCCCGAGAUCCAGAGAGUGCGCUCCCAGGAGCGGGAGCAGAUCAAGGCGCUGAACAACAAGUUCGCCUCCUUCAUCGACAAGGUGCGGUUCCUGGAGCAGCAGAACCAGGUGCUGGAGACCAAGUGGGAGCUGCUGCAGCAGCUGGAUCUGAGCAACUGCAGGAAGAAUCUGGAGCCCAUCCUCGAGGGCUUCAUCGGCAACCUGCGCAAGCAGCUGGAGGCGCUGUCGGGGGACCGGGUGCGGCUGGACUCGGAGCUGCGGAACACGCGGGACGCGGUGGAGGACUACAAGAAGAGGUAUGAAGUGGAGAUCAAUCGGCGCACGGCCGCUGAGAAUGACUUCGUAGUGCUCAAGAAGGAUGCAGAUGCAGCCUACGCAGUCCAGGUGGAGCUGCAGGCCAAAGUGGACUCUCUGGACAAAGACAUCAAGUUCCUCAAGUGUCUGUAUGACGCGGAGCUGGCCCAGAUCCAGAAUCAUGCCAGCGAGACCUCCGUCAUCCUGUCCAUGGACAACAACCGGGAGCUGAACCUGGACGGCAUCAUCGACGAGGUCCGCGCCCACUACGAGGACAUCGCCCUGAGGAGCAAGGCCGAGGCCGAGGCGCUGUACCAGAGCAAGAUCCAGGAGCUGCAGCUGGCGGCCGGCCGGCACGGGGACGACCUCAAGCGCACCAAGAACGAGAUGUCAGAGCUGAACCGCCUCAUCCAGAGGCUCCGGAGUGAGACCAUGAACGUGAAGAAGCAGUGCACCAGCCUGGAGACGGCCAUCGCCGAUGCCGAGCAGCGGGGGGACAGCGCCCUGAAGGACGCCCGGGCCAAGCUGGACGGGCUGGAGGCCGCCCAGCAUCUGGCCAAGGAGGAGCUGGCCCGGCUGCUGCGCGAGUACCAGGAGCUGAUGAGCCUGAAGCUGGCCCUGGACGUGGAGAUCGCCACCUACCGCAAGCUGCUGGAGGGCGAGGAGUGCAGGAUGUCUGGGGAGAAUCCUUCCUCUGUGAGCAUCUCCAUCAUCAGCAGCAGCAGCGGGAGCAGCUACGGCUACCACCCGGGCCCUGCGGCCGUCGCCGACCCUGGCACCAGCAGCUCCGGCAGUGGCCGAGGGGCGCAGACCAAGGCCAAAGGCGUGCGUGCGGGGGACCUCAAGGACGCCCAAGACAAGGGCACCCCGGUCAGGAAAGCCCCCCGAUAAGCCUGCGCGCCCCUGUGCCGGGCGAGCAGCCGCCCGCAGCCCGCCCCGACUGCCCGCCACGCCCGCUGCCCGCACACUGGCCUGUCUCGCGGUCAGUGCCGGCCUGCGCCACCCCCUGCCUGCCUUGCCCUCUGUCCCGUGUGCCCACGGUUACUUCAUAUUUUCCCUUCUGCCUUGAGCUGGCGGGAGGCUUCGGGUGACAAGCUGUGAUUCCCUUCUUGGCUCUGGGAAGCUCUGACCCUCCUCAGGGGGAGAAGAGGAGGGAGGGGUGAGAGGGGCCUGUGCUGCACUUGGGUCAGCAGUUUGGUUUUUUGGGGUGUUUUGGGGGUCCUUCCCUGCCAGCAUCUCGGGGCGGAUGUGGAGACGUGCAGCAAGAAGGGAAGAAGCCAGACAGAAGGAUGCUGGCGGGUGAUGCGGUAUUUAGGAGAGAGUGUGGUUGCACUCUCAGGCCAGCAGCUGCACCCAUGUUCCCAAAGCCAAGAGAAGGAGACUGGGGACCCCUGCCCACUCGUCUCGUGUUGCCUGCUCUGUUACCAGUAACACCCACCGCCACUGGCCAAGCCCGCACCCCAUGCCGGCGGCCUAAAGGCGCUGCCUGGCAUUCACCCUGCAAAAGCUAUCCACAUGCACAGCCGCCCUGGGAACAGAGAAGCAACUCCACCCUCUGAGAUGUGCAGGCCUGGUCCCCCCACCCCCACCCCGCGCCAGGCCAGGAGGGGGCCCAGGCGUGCUGACCACCUUAUGCCAGGGCCUGUUUAACAGAAGGAAUGCCAAAUUCUCGGUGCGUUCAACCAGGGUGGCAGAAUUCUGUUGCCCUGCGGGUCGGAGCCGUGGGCAUGUGAUCUGUGUUUGGUCCUCUUCCUGGGCUGGGUCCUGCAUGGCUUUCAACUCUCCAGCCCUGUUGCUAUUAGUCGUGCCCAGUGGGCAGCCUUGAUCUGUCUCUGGGGUACCGCCCAGCCCAGCAGUAGUGGCUCCUGCUGUAAAUAUUCUUGAGAACGGUGACACAGGAUCCUUCCUUUGCUUGAGUUAAGGACGCUGACUUUCUGCUUUCUAUUCAAUAAACUGCCCUCCGGUAAUGUCAGGGUG